AUGCCUAUUCAAAUAAAUGGUAGAAAGUAGGAAAAUUAAUAGAAACUAAAUCAGAUACAGUAUAAGAGGUGUAAUAAUCAAUAAAGGAAUAAAGUCAGAUUUAACAUGUAAUCCAUUUAAGCAAAGGAAAUGAAUUAUGAAGUCUAAAAAGCCAAAAUAUAAUGGUAAAUAGAAGGGGUAAUAGAAGGAACACUUGGCAGAUAGACUGUAGACUUUAUAAUGGAUGUAAUCGAUGCAUAAAAAUUAGGCAAAGGUUUAUUUGUUUCUGCUUCUAUUUAAGGGGUUUGUAUACUUAAAGUGUAGAGUGAUGUUUAUUAAAUAGGCAAUAAAAUCUUUUGGAAGAGCAAUUUCAUAUUGUUGGAAUUGGAUUAACUGCAUUUAUGAAAAGCAUUUCAGUUGGAGGAGUGAUCUUGUCUGAUUGCUUGUCUUAAAGUGAGAAAGUAUAUAAUUUUUAUUGCAGUGAAAACUGGAAGUGCUAUAGGAUUAGGUAAUGUGGAAUGGAAUUAGGUGCUGCAGGUGGUCCAAUUGGAGUUGUGAUAGGUGAAAUCAUUGGAGGUUUCAUUGGAGAAGUGAGUGGUAAUUUAUUGGGAAAAGCUAUUGAUCAUUUUACUUAGUUUAAUUUACAAAUUGAUUUUAAUUAGAAUAAAAAAUCUAAAGUUGAGGACGGUUAUUUAGCCUAUCUAGGUACACCCCUCAAGAUAAGUUGGAAAUAUGUCAAGGAUAAUAUAAAGAGUCUAAUUCUAAUGGCAUAAACUGACACUCAUAUGGCUUUUUUAAGAUAUUGGGAUUUAAUUUAAUGA